AAUACUAUUGUAUAUUUUAAUAAAUGAUUGGGUCAUUGAAACUUAUUAUAAGUCAAGAUCUGAUUAUCGAAGGAAGGAACGUUGGUUGAUUCGAUGAAAAUCGAAACAAGACAUGAGACUCAACUCGAAACAGUGUUGAGAGAUACGUGCAGCUAGUUUUAACGCAGUGUGCAUAUACUUUCUCUUCUGAAAAGAAGGCUGAAACCACUUGAGCAAAGCCAGUUGAAGGUGCGUUGGCUCGCGUACUAACCAUUCGGAGAACUGAAGUCUACUUUCUACCGAGAUACUUCGUUUCAAAUAACGAAUCACCAACCAACCAACCAACCGGUUGAACAAACUAACUUCGGUCUUCCCCAUUCGUAUCGUCGUUCCUUUCAUUUCGUAUCGUUUCGUAUCUGAAACGCGAGUGCGAGUGACAAUUCUCUUUUAUAAUAAUUAAUCGAAGUAAAUUAACAUUAUUAUUUAAUUCGAUAUUAUCAUUUUACGCAUAGCUUAUCAAUAUUUCUCGUUCUUCUCUUCACAACUCACAUUUUCCUGAACUUCGUGGGGAAGCUCGAUAAAAUGAAGCUAUGGCAAAUACCAUAAGAACGUGGAGAGCGUGCGCUCUUAUGGCGUGUCUGUUUUUCUCUUAUAACGGUUUAGCGCAGGAAAAUGAUGAAGAGUACAGGGGAAAGUAUCUUGGAAGGUUGAACGCGUAUCACCAUCAGGUAUCUGGUGAAUUAUAUGCUGUAGAUGAAUACACAUUGCUUCUAACUUCCUUCAGUUACGAUGGUAACGGUGCAGAUACAUUUUUCUGGGCUGGUGCAUCAAAUCGGCCAGGUCCUCAAGGUUUCAUCGUACCUGACGAGUGGGGCAAGACAAACGUACUCGGUCGUUAUCUUAAUCGGGAUUUUACAUUGUCUUUGCCGGAAAACAAAAAGAUAACGGAUAUCAAAUGGUUCGCCGUAUACGAUUUGGCUAGUCAGAACACGUUCGGCGAUGUUUAUAUUCCUGAAGAAUUUGAUCCACCAGCUCCACAAAAGAUCUCUCAACUAUCAAAAAGAUCUCACGAUGUAUCAUCUCAGUCGAUAGUGAUCUUGGAUUCUAAGACAAUUAGUAUACCGCAAUUCACGUACGAUGGGAACGGGAAUGAUACGUUUUUCUGGGUUGGUUUAGGCCCACAACCUUCGAGUAAAGGAACCAAAGUUCCCGACGAGUAUGGAUAUUUGGAUCCACUGCGUGCUUAUAAAAAAGAGGAUAUAAUAAUUCAAUUGCCAGGAGAAAUGACCGUAUUUAACGUCGAUUGGUUGAGCGUAUUUGACGUUAAAACUAAAUCGAAUUAUGGCUCGAUUAUUAUACCAGACGGUCUUAACGUACCACCGUCUUUAGUUAAAGUCGUCAAGCAUACGCAAUCAUUACCGAAUUGUGUUCAACUUCAUAAACGAUAUCAAGUUAGCUGGGAAAUCUUUGGUCCCCAGAUUACAAUUCAAUUAGCUGGUCAAGUUGCCGAAGACGAGUACAUGGCUUUCGGUUUAUCCGGUUCUGAAAGUUCCAGUCAAAUGGAAGGUGCAGAUGUUACCAUUGCUUAUAUGGAUGGUACGCGUGGUUAUGCCACCGAUUAUAAUAUUACCGCAAAAGCACCGUGUGGAAAAGUUCUUGGACAGUAUAAGGGUGUUUGCAAAGAUGAACUAUUGGGUGGACAAGACAGCAAUCAAAUGUAUACCGCGAUAAGAGAAAAUGGCAUCAAUAUCGUUACAUAUAGGCGAACCCUUAAUUCAUCUGAUGCAGGAGACAAAGAAUAUCCUACGGAUAGGCCGGUUUAUGUGAUUUGGGCAUUGGGAAGAUUAGAUGAAAAUAAGGAACCUAAUUUUCAUGAUUUCUAUCCUAAAGGUGACUUAAAAUUGGAACUUAAUCGUCAGGAACCGGAAAAUACCUGUAUGGAUUUUACGGAAAAUAAUGAUAAGCUUGUGAUACCUUGGGACAAGGCAGAAAUAUUCGAUAGAAGUAUCCGAACUUUUAAAGCUACUAUUGGACCAUCCGGAGGAAAGAAGGGUUACCGAGGAAUAACAGGACAAACAUCGAUGGGAUACGCGUGGUAUAUCGAGGGUCAAUUAAUUCCAGAAUUGUACUUACGCAGAGGAUUAACUUACAACUUCGUUAUCCACGGGGGUAAUAAUCCUCACAGUCCUAAUUUGUAUCAUCCUUUAAUUAUCACGGAUGAACCACACGGGGGUUACGACAGGCUCAGCGACAUUGCACAAAGCAAAGUAAGAGUAUUGGCCGGUGUUGAAUUUACGAGAAGAGGCCGACCAAGGCCAACGGCAGUGGGUCCACUUUGUUUGAGCAAACAUGACGGUAGAGACAGAAGAUUAGAUGAUGAUUUUCCAUCGUUCAAAAAGUUUAACAGGAGUCUCAUAUACGUUUGCGAACCUGGCGAAGGAGGUGUUCUAGAAGUUACACCUAAUACCACGUGGCCGGAUAUCGUUUAUUAUAAUUCCUUUACUCAUGCCAAUAUGGGAUGGAAAAUAUACAUCGUUGAUGCUUAUUCCCGAAGUGAAGCAAUUUUACAUAAUUUAUCGCUGACUGUUGGAAUAGUGGCUGUGUUUUUUCGUUUCUUAUAAAUAUCGAUAUAAAUUAAGAAAAUUGAUCGUCCCUUUUUAUUAUAUGAGAAUGAAGUAAUUUUCAUAAAUAAUUUUCGAUAACGUUAUUCAUCGUCAAACUUGGCAAUAAUAAUCUUUAACAUUAUAAUGUUUUUUUUUGUUUUUUAUUUAUGAUCGAAUGACUCAGGUUUAUCAUAUUAUGAGAAUCACAUUUAUCACAUGAC